AGUUCUUGGUCCAGUCAGUUGGCGUUAGCAGUACGGUACGUUGGCUUUUGUAGUGAAGGACAUUAACGAAAGGAGAUUAGUAGGGCUAACGCUGGCGUUUGCUUCUAACGCCGUUUGAGCAACUGGAUCCUGAACAAUAUAGUCCUACAAACGUUGUAGUGCUGAAUUUGGGCUGAAUAAUACGAAUGUGGUUGUUCUUUGUUUGUUUAUGGUAUGUUAAUGGAAGAGCUAACGCUCUGGUGACAUCUGGUGGAAAACUUGCGAUUUCGUCUAUCAAUGCCUGGCCUCGGCAUCCCGGGACCCAAUCACCGCGCAUUUCCAAUAGAAACGCCGCCGGAGAAAGCAUAUCGUCUUUUCAUCGACAGCUUUGACAACAACCGAGGCAGAUACACAUAAACACAGAUAUACAUUUACGUAUACUUAACCGACGGAACUGAUGGGGUCUUUGGAGAAAAUGGCCCGUCAAGUCGACUCGGACAACUCCCUCAACCUAUUAGACAAUCACUUCGACAAACUCUCCUGCCUACCAGACCCGCCUGUCUCCCGAAUACAAGAGGAAGCGCUCGAGGAAAUCGAUCUUGGAGAAAGCCACGUGGCCGUCGUAGAUCUGAAGCGAAACAGGACGGAUUCCGUGAAAAUCCGUGUCAAGAAGAAUCAAGGGGAAGACACUAACUUGAGCGGCAAAGAGCAACAGACAUCUUUAGAAAUGGACAACCCAGCGUUCACCACUGACGUCGUCUCGACUGAAAUUUCGUCCUCGGUAUUAUCGGGUUCUGGGGUGGCGGACCUAAGUUCGUUGAAGAUUCGAUCAGAGAACGAGUCCAACAUGGAACUGGUAAACGAGGACGAAGACGAAAAGAUCCUCGCCGUCCUUCGAGAGGUUGUGAGAAAGUGCACCAACGCCGACCCUAUGAAGCGUCCGUCCGCUGCCGAAGUAUUGGACAUGUUGACGAUCUGAGGCGCGCAAGUGGAUACAGGUCUAAUUGUCAUGGAAACUGGAUGACACAUCAAUGUUGUGGCCAUUAUUCUCCAUUGUUGUUGUUGUUGUUGUCAACAAAUACACACCGUCCAGUAGCGAUAUGUAAUUGAUAAAGUCCUUCACGUGAAAAGAUGCUGUUGGCAUGCGGUUACGGCUAAUUCGCGCCAAAGACCGAUUAACAGUCAGACUCCUCAGGCAGUCGAACUUCUUCAUCAUUUCACUUAAGGGAAGCGACGACACCAAUGCAACGUCGUUUGGCUUGCCAGUCGUACACUCCGGACGUAGUGAACCGACCUCGCCCCUUUAUACCCAGCACAGUAUGAAUAGGAUGACGAAAGUCUAGCCAGUCGACGCUCAAAUCAGCGCUAACUGCGCGGACCUUCGUCGGCAGAGAGCGUACUGCAACGAAAUACCACUGCGUCCAGAGUCUCAACAAAUGGGUUAUUUUAAACGGGCUUAGGGAUGAUUAUAGAAACGGGCGAAAGUUUCAUAAAUACACGUAUGUAAAUGUAGUAUCAAAAUUAAGUUUCAUGUCAUUAAAAAAAGUUUUUCGGCUACAUCUAUGUUUCAGUUUCUCAAGCAGAGACAUAGAAUAUCGAAGUCAUUCAUCUUGGGGACAGAGUUUGAAAUAUCAAUAACGUUAUUGCAUGUACAUGUACACAUACUAACAAUAAAAAUGUACACGUA